AUGCAGGGUGCGCAGCGGGUGGUGGUGGCGGGGUGCUCAGCGGGCGCACAGGCGGUGGCCAUGCAGUGCGACGCGCUCGCCCGCCUGCUGCCCACGGCCGCCGCCAAGCGCUGCAUCAUGGACGGCGGCUUCUUCCCCGACAUGCGGGAUGUGAGCGGCACAUUCUUCAUGCGCAAGGUGGCGCAGCGCCUCGUCGCCAUCCACAACAUCUCCGCCGACCCUGACUGCCUUAAAGGAGAGGGUCCUGACGGGCGGUGGCGGUGCUUCUUCCCGGAGCACGGGCUGCGGUACGUCACCACGCCGCUGCUGCUGGUCAACUCCGUGCACGAUGCCGACGCCAUCAACCUCCUCAACCUCCACUCCCCCACGCGCCGCCGCCUCCGCCGCUGCCUUGCCAGCAUGGCGGGCGGCGGCAAGGGGCAGUGCGCCAAGGAGGACGUGGGCAUGGCGCUGGCGUAUGCCAUCCGCGUGGCGGGGCUGGCGAGGCAAGUGGCGCAGCAGAACGCAGCGGUGAAGCCGUUUCUGUACCGCGAUCGCAUGCACUGCGCCACUCUGGUGAACCGGUGGAGCAUGGUGCAAGGGGAUGGGGGUGCGCUAAGAGACGUGCUGGGGUCGUGGGCCAUGAGAUGA